AUGGCGAUCAGUUGCAUCCCCUUCGGGGCUGGGGAAAUCAAUUGUGCUCUGACGCUGUUAUGCCAAAUGAUCGGGAAUCUUGUGGCGAUGAUAGCAGCUCUUCAAAUGGUCAUGACCUCACCCUACGAGAAUGUGGCUGGAGUGGAUAAGAAUGCAAUGAUGAGCUUUGCAACGAAUGUGAUCUACUCCAGGAUCGUUGCAGGCAUGUGUGUGACCAUGAUUUUCGGCAACUGCUACUAUGCAUGGAUGGCUUGGCGAAUGAUGAGACGAGAGAAGACCACCAAUGUUUGCUGUUUGCCCUAUGGGAUCAACACGCCUGCGGCCUUUGCAUUUAUCUUCAGUGUGGUCGCCAAGGCAGCAAAGGAAGCGGCUGCCACCGGCAUGAGCUGGGAGGAGGGUGUGCUCUAUGCUUGGCGUGUGGGAUGUGUAGCGAACCUUGUGAGUGGCAUCAUCGCCACGUUGUGUGGCUUUGCCGGACCCUUGAUCGUGAAGGUGGCUCCGCCCGGUUCCUUGAUGGUCAUCAUCUCCUGCUUCGAUGUGGGUCACCUGGGCUUAUUGCCCUUGGGCGUGGCCCUGGUGGGUUUCUUUGGGGAGGUGAAGACAUCGCCAUUUCCUGCAGCGGUGGCGGUGAUGCUUGUGGGCAGUUUGACCGGGUGGCUCUCCUUCGAAGGUUGGCCUGAAGGUGGGAUCCCCACAGGUGGCACAGCAAAGGCCGUGGAGGACUCCUUGAACCACUUCAGUUUCUACAUGCCGAAAAUGCUAGGGCCAAGCGACUAUGCUGGAAUUGGUUCGGUCAUUGCCAACAACCUCUCUGUGAUUUUGCCUGUCGCCUUUGUUGGUGCAGUGAACACCUUAGUGUCGACCUACGCUGCACACUCCGUGGGGGACAUGUACCCCAUCCGCGAAUGCCUCAUCGUCGAUGGCCUGACCACGGUCGUCUCGGCACUCUUUGGAUCACCUUUUGGGACCUGCGUCUACUGUGGACAUCCUCAGUUCAAAAACCAAGGUGGCAAGAUCUAUUACUCCUUUCUGAACUGCAUCCUCUUUUGCUUCCUCGCCAGCACGGGCAUGUUUGCUGCCGCGAAUGCCAUCCUUCCGCCUUGGGGCACGGCACCGAUCAUUCUCUUCGUGGGUCUAGCGAUCAAUCAGGAUGCCUUCAACAUCAUCGAAAGUCGACACAUCCCGGCAGCCAUCAUUGGACUUUUCCCGUCCACCGGCGACUGGAUUCUUUCGAUCGACUCAAGUUUCGGAGAGAAGAAGCCUGGGCUCGCAGCCAUGUCUUAUGGUGCCUUGCUGGUUUGUAUCAUUUGGACUUCUAUGGGGAUUCACCUCAUUGAUCGACGCUUUGCGCAGUCGGCCAUUUGGGCAACGGUUGGAGCUUUUCUGUCCGCUUUCGGGCUUAUACACCAGGCGAAGGCAGACCUCACAUUCAAAAGCUUCUCGGGUAGCCCAGGCCAGGCCUUUGGCUUGUCUUCCUGUGCCUUUAUGAUUGGAUAUCUCACCCUAGCCGCCCUCUUUGUGAUCCUGAAGAUUCUCCAAGCCUAUGGAUUUUCCCGUGUUCCUCCUCCCAUCAAGGACACCUUGGAGGAUGGGGAUGCAGAGCAUGAAGCUGAAGAGGUUGUCGGAGUCUCAGCACUUCAGAGUCUUCAGAGCUCAUCUCCAUUGUAA